CAACUAUCACCCACUUUUGCAACAAAGUUGUAUGUCAAUUUAGACAUUCCAGAAGUUGUAGAAAUUAGAAACAAGUAACUACUAUUACACUUUUUCUUUUCGAGUGUGUACCUACUUUGUGAUACUUCUUAAAUAAUAGAUAGCAUAAAGAGUUCUCUUCAAGAGUUCUCUUCACCCAAGAGACCACAACAGAAUGGAAUAGUGGAAUGGAAAAAUAGGGUUGUUCAAGAGAUGGCUGGUGUCAUGCUACAUAAUUAAAAGAUGCUCAAAUCCUUUUGGGGAGAAGCGGUUAACACUACUUGUCAUACACUCAAACAGGUGUAUUUCAGACCUAAUUCCAAGAAAACUCCUUAUGAACUCUGGAGAGGAAAGAAGUCUGUUGUCAAAUACUUCCAGAUAUUUGGCAGUGAUUGUUGCAAUCUACGUGAUAGGAAGAACCUAGAAAAGUUUGAUGCAAAGAUUGACAAGGGAUACUUUCUGGGAUACUCUUCCACUAGUAGAGCAUAUAGAGUAUACAACCUAAGAACUAAAACAAUCAUGGAGUCUUCAAAUGCGGUAAUCAAUGAUGAACUGUGUUGAGAAACUCAUUCAGAAAACACUCCUCCGAUUCAAGAAAAGACUAUGGAGGUUAAUGAUCCUAUUCCUGAUGAUUAUGUUGGGAAGCAUAGUGAUGAAGAGCUACUGUUGUUGAAUGAUGCUAUUUCAGUACCAUCAAGUUUAGAACCAUCCACACCGGUUCAUGAAACUCAACAAGAACAAAGUGAGCCUAGUCCUUCAUCAGAACAAAAAGGUACCUCCACAUCUCUGGUCAAAGGUCCAUCUUCUACAGUAAAGUUAAAUCACCCUGCCACAAACAUAUUGGGUAAUUUGAAUGAUAACAUGAGAUUGAAAUCCAAAGCCUUGAAUGUUGAUGAAGCACUUCAAGAUGUUGAUUGGGUUAAUUCUAUGCAUGAAAAACUUCGUCAAUUUGUUCGGAAUGAUGUGUGGGAAUUAGUUCCUAGACCAAAGGGAGUAAAUGUGAUUGGAACUAAGUGGAUUUUCAAGAAAAAGUCAAAUGAACAUGGUACUGUUAUUAGAAACAAAUCAAGACUUGUUGCUCAAGGAUACAAACAAGUGGAAAAAAUUUAUUUUGAUGAGACUUUUGCACCGGUAGCAAGAGUGGAAUCCAUUAGGAUACUUUUGGCCAUAGCAAGUCUUUUGAAUUUUAAGUUGUAUCAAAUGGAUGUCAAGAGUGCCUUCUUGAAUGGGAUGUUGUAAGAAGAGGUGCAUGUUGAACAAUCAAAGGGUUUUGUUGAUCCUCAUAGACUGGAUGAUGUCUACAAGUUGAAGAGAGCCCUCUAUGAUUUGAAACAAGCUCCCAAUCAUGGUAUGAUAAGUUAACUGCAUAUCUCAUUGAGCAUGGAUUCAAAAGAGGAUUUGCAGGUACUAUUCUCUUCAUAUGAAAUGAUAAGAAUUAUUUUGUAGUUGCUCAAAUUUAUGUUGAUGAUAUUGUUUUUGGUGCUACUAAUGAUUCUCUUGCUCAAUCUUUUGCAAAUGAAAUGAAGAAGAUGUUUGAAAUGAGUAUGGUUGGUGAACUGACUUAUUUCUUAGAAUUGCAAGUGAAGCAAAUGGAUUCUGGAAUUUACAUCAACCAAGCAAAGUAUGCUAGAAAUCUAGUCAAGAGAUUUGGACUUAACAAGGUUGCACAUGCUAGAACACCAAUGGCUACUAAUGCAAAGUUAACCAAUGAUCCAUCAGAUAAGUCUGUAGUUGUUACUUUAUAUAGAAGCAUGAUUGGUUGUCUUUUAUAUUUAACUGCAAAUUGUCCUAAUAUUGCCUUCAGUGUUGGUGUAUAUUCUAGGUUUCAAUCUAAUUCUAAGAUUUCACAUUUGAAUGCUAUUAAAAGAAUUAUAAAAUAUGUUAGUGGAACUUGUGAUUAUAGAUUGUUUUAUAGCAAAGAGUCAAAUUUGUCUCUUGUUGGAUUUUCAGACUCAGAUUGGACCGACAAUGCUGAUGAUAAGAAAAGCACCACUGGCGGGUGUUUUUAUGUAGGAGCCAAUCUUGUUGCUUGGAUGAGUAAAAAGUAAAAUUUUGUCUCUCUGUCUACUGUAGAAGUAGAGUAUAUUGCUGCUGGAAGUUGUUGUUCAUAGCUUCUUUGGAUGAAAAAGCUUUUGAGUGAUUUUGGAAUAUCACAAGAUACCAUGGUUGUCUAUUGUGAUAAUUCUAGUGCUAUCAAUAACUCUAAGAACCCUGUUAAACACUCUAAAACUAAGCACAUAGAGAUUAGAUAUCAUUUUAUUAAGGAUUUGGUUGAAAGAAAGAUUAUGGCUCUUGAAUAUAUCUUUACUGAACGUCAGAAUGCUGGCAUCUUCACCAAACCUCUUGAUAGAAGUAAGUUUAAAACACUUCAUCAAGCAAUUGGUGUGAUUUUGUGUCCUUAGUCAUCUUUGGCUCUCAUGGUCCUUGUGCUUCAUCUCUCUACUCUUUGUGACCAUUCAUUUUUCUUUUCUUUUUUUUCUUUGUCUUUAGAAUUUGCAUUGCAUAACAUUCAUGCAUUUCAUGAUAGGGUGGUUUUUUUUUUUUUUUUUUUAAUUUAAAAAAAAGGAGGAAAAGGAAGGGAAAAUGUGUUUUGCAUUAUUUUCUAGGAUUUAUAAUCAAGACUAGUCAUAUUAUCUUUACAUAACAUGUUUAUGUACCUUGUUUAGCAUGAAUGAGCUUAUUUUACUGCAUUUUGCUAGUUUUAGCUUUGUAGUACAUGUUAUGUUGGAGUUGUUUAUAAUUUUUGAUCACAUGAUCUUGAUUUUGAAGUCACAUGCUUUUAAUUGUAAGGACUAAAAAAUCUUAAGAGAAAGACAUAAAUAACUAUCUUACCACUAUUUACUAGCCAAUCCUGAACAUCUUAGUGCAUAUCAUAUGAUUUUGUACUUGAUAAAGUGUAGCACAUGCACAAAAAGAACAUAAGGUGUAGCCUCAAUUUAAAUAAUAAAAUUGGUGUGUACAUUAUUGGGCUAUAAUGAAUUCAAAUUGAAAUAAAAUUGGUGUGUACAUUAUGAGGCAAUUCAAGAAAAUUACACGAUUGCAAGCUUGUUUUCUAAGAGAUGUGAGAGUUAAAUGAUAUAACUCUUUAGGUGAUAGUCACUUUCAAACUUAUGUGAUGAAUUUUGUAGAAAUUGUGAUUGAUCACUAUUUACUUAUCACCUCACAUGUAUCUCAUACUUUUACUAGUUGCACAAACUACACAAAUUAUUCUUUGCUAAACUUCGUACAUUAUAUUGUGUGUGAUCUUGUUGUGACCAUCUAAGAUUAUAAGUUCCUUGAUUUUGAUGCAAAACAUGUUUUAAUGUUUUAAUCUUUGAGGACAAAUUGAUUGAAAAUCUUGUUUUUGGAAGAUAUAGGUUGAAUUCAAGUGUUUUUGAAAAACUUUUCAUCUCAUACUCAUGCAUUUUAUUCAUAAAACAAUGUGCUUUAAGGAGUUUUUGCAUUAAAAUGCUUUUUUUUUUUUUCAAAAAUCUAUUUUUUCUAGAUUUUCGAUCAAUCAAACUUGUUGCUCGACCGAUUGAAAAUGUGAUAAAAAUUUUGAUUACAAUCUGCCUGGCUCGAUCAGUGCUCGAUUGGUGCUGGAUGGAUUGAAAUUGAUUUUCGAUUGAUCGAAUCUAAUUUUCAACUGAUCGAAAAUCAGUCAGAGAGUUUUUUUUUAAAAAAAAGCUUUUCUCACGUGUUCAUCACACUGUUCAUACUUUUUCAAAAAGUUUUCUCUCUCUUCUUCUUCAACCGAUCCCCUUCAAGUUGAUUUUUGUCGUUUUCUUCCUAAUUUUUCUCAAGGUUUUUUUCUUCAAGUGCCGGUAAGACAUUUUUACCCCUUCUUUUUCAUUGUAUUCACAAUUUUCAUGCAUUUUAGGUGAAAUUUUCUGACCUAUAGAUUUUUGGGGUUUUUGAUUUUUGAGUUGGUUUCUUUCAAAUUUGAUCACUGGGUUUUUGUUCUUAGAUGUUGUAAACAUGUUUCCCAUGCAUUAAUUUGAUUAAUUUGGUGAUUUGAGGACAAUUUGAAAUUCUAGGGCUUGAAACUACAUGAAGUUGGGGAUUUUGUUCAAUUGGGCUGUAAUGGGUAAAAUUGACUUGUAUAAUUGACUGAUUAAUUCAUUAUAUGAUAUUUCCUAACUAGUAUGAUGGUUAAUUGCUUAAUUUGGGUUACUUUUUGAAAUUGGGUUUUUCAAAAUUUGGGGUUUUUGUUCUAAAACUCUAUGUUCAAGUCAAUUGUUAGUUUCUAAAGUAUAAUUGAAUAGUUUUCAUUGCAUUAGAGCAUGUAUCAUUUGUUCAUUCAGUUCAUGCAUCAUAUAGAUUGAUAUUUUCUAUUGUGUUUGCUUUCUAACCCUGUCUGAUGUAGUCUGCCCUUGUUUUUCUCUCUCUCUCUCUCUCUCUCUCUCUCUCUCUUUCUCUCUCUCUCUCUCUCUCUCUCUCUUUGUUUUUUUGCCAUUCUUUCCAACCCUUAACAUCAUGGUUAGGAAGUCUAGAGCCCAUAAAAAAAUCUCCACCUCUUCUACCCCUGUUUUCCAGAAUGAUAGGUUUCUUAGUCCAAAAAAUCAGGAAACCUUUGAGAAACUGAAUAUCUAUAAGAAGGUGUGGGCUGAGCGAAAAAUGAUUUUAGAUGAGUUCGAUCCUAAGAUUCGUAGGAGUUUUGAUUGUAGGAGUUGGUUGCCUCUUUUAGAUGUAGAUCAUCCUCCUCAGACUGUUUUGAUCAAAGAGUUCUAUUUGAACCUCUCUGUUCACUCCACUUCAUCCAACAUUCAGUUUAUGAAGAGUUGGAUAAGGGGAGAAGAGUAUGUCAUUACUCCUCAAGUAGUGGCUUCUGCUCUUGGUGUACCUUUGGUACUACAACCUGUUUAUCCUUAUGAUGAGACCCCUCCUCUUGACGACAUCAUGUCACUCAUCAUCGGUACUACCAUUCAGUGGGGUACUGAUCCUCGUAUCAUCUCUUAUGAGCUUACUGAGCUCAAUUUUUUUCGGAUUUCAUGUCAUUCCAUUUGGCCUAUCUCUCAUUUACACACUAUUCCCAUUGAGAGAUGUGCUUUUUUAUAUGCUCUUGUCACCGAUGAUUCUAUUUGUUUUCCCUCUCUGUUUAUUAGCACUUUAGUUGAGGUUUAUAGGAGUAGCUUGAAAAGGCAUGGUCUUUUCUUUUCGAUUUUUAUUCAUAGGAUUUUGUUAGAUUUGGGUUUAGAGGAUUUUCCUGCAUCCGAGCCUGUUCAUAUCAUCACCGCCAUAGGUACCACCUUUCUUAAGCAAAGAGCAGCUCAGAUGAAAGCUAGCUCUAAACGCCCCAAAGUUGAGUCUUCCACAGGUGAUGACUUUCGGCCUCCUCCAUCUAGUGAUCCAUCUGCUGAGGAGAUGUUGAUCCCAUUGCCGCAAUUGAUCCUCCACAUUUUGCUUCAGGUGAUGCUUCCAUUCGGAGUAUGUUGGAAUCUGUCAUGACCAUUUAGGUGGCGCAUGGACAAAUUUUGGUGGAUGUGCUUGCUUAGCUUCAGGCUUUAUGUGCGGAUUUGGUGAGUGUUCGGCAUUCUACUCCGCCUCCACCUUUUGAUGAUGAGUCUUGAUUGUCCUUUGGCAAUUCGUCACAAAAAGGGGGAGUAUUUAUGCAUGUUGUGAGGGGGAGAUUUUGUGUUUUUCUUGAUAGGGGGAGAUUUAGAUUGUAUUUAGGAGAUUCAUGAUGUAUUCAUUUUUUUUUUUUUUUGGCUCAUGAUGUAUUUGUUUUAUUGGUUGUAUAUGUUAGGGGGAGACAUUUAUGCUUUAUGUUUAGUAUUCUUAUUGUUUCUUGUUUCACAUAUGGUACAGUUGAUUAUUGAUUUAUAUCUAUGAGGUUAUUCAUGAUAUAUUUUUUUGUUGUUGUGUGAAAUCAAGAAUUUAUUUAUUUUACUUGUAUUUUCCACACAUGCAUUUAUGUGUUUGUUGAGUGUUUCAGGAAUAUAUAGGUUUAUUCAAUCGUGUUGCUGUCUACACUGAUUGCCAAAGGGGGAGUUUGUUAGGUUCUAAGACUUUAAGAUUUAAAUGUAUUAGAACUUCAAUGUGUAAUGCUGGCAAACCAUGAUGAAAACAUUUAGUCUAGAUUUAGGUUACUCAAAGUGUGGUUAUGUGUAAAGUUGGAAUCGAGUAAUUGCAGGAAAUUACUAUUCAAUUUCUGCAAGGCUCGAUCAAUCAAAAAUUAGACUCGAAUUUCCAACUCAGCCCAAGCCCAUAUGACAUGCAGGGUUUUAUGUUUUGCUUCAAGUAUAAAAGGAAAAACCCUAACCAAGUUUUAGAGGUUGUUGAUAUGCUGUGUGUGUGAAUAUCUUGUGAGAUCUAGAGGUGUUUACCUUCAUACACACUUAGGGUUAUCAUGGUCAAGAUUAAUAUCCAGAGCUUGGUGAUCUCUUCAGUCGCUGUUUCAAAAGUUUAAAGAAAACACAAGUAGGAGUACUUGUGGUUGCUAUGGAUCAAGGAAAGAAGUAGUUCGUGGACUCGGAGCUGUCACGUGGUCGUGAUAGUAAGUUUUCUACUUGAGGUAACAAUAGGAUGUUAGUGGCUAAGUCGCUAUUGUAAAAACUUCAAUUCUUUCAUGGUGGAUUUGUUUUACCUUGAGGAUAGCUAGGUUAAAUCCCCUCCAAGUUUUUUAUCGGUUUGGUUUUCCUAGGUUAUCAUAUCGUUGUGUUCUUUAUUUUCCACAUUGUUUACAUAAUAUGAUUUAUUUGUG